AUGACCGAUGUUAAUAUAUCAACAUUCAUUCCAACUAUCAAAACUAUACUUAAGAAUUCAGAUCCUAAUGAAAUUACUGCUAGAGACAUUCGAAUGAAGUUGGAGAAGGAUUUUAAUGUUGACCUUACAGACAGAAAACAUGAAGUGCAACAACUUAUCGAAAAAUGCUUUGACGAUUUAGAAAUCGGUGAAGAAAGUGCAAACAGCGAUGAGUCCGAUCAUGAUAUUAAAGUAGAUUCUCAAUCCAUCGAAUCCUUAUCUGAUGACGAAUAUGAGAGAAAAUUUGAAGCAGAAUUGAAUGGUGUUAGUAAAAAAUCAAAAUCUACAUCUAAAAAGAAGAAACACAAAAAGAAAAAAAAGGGUGUUACCGGAAUUCAUAAACCAUUGGUGUUGAGUCCUGUAUUGUCCGAAUUUUUGCAUGCUGAAGAGCUUUCUCGUCUCGAAGUCGUUAAACGUUUAUGGGCAUAUAUCAAGGAAAAUAGUCUUCAAGACCCAAAUGAUAAACGAUUCAUUGUUUGUGAUGAAAAUUUGAAAAAUAUAUUCAAACAAGAUAGAAUUCAUAGCUUUACAAUGAACAAGUAUUUGACCGAUCAUCUGAAAAAGAAAGAAGAUCUUGUUGACAUGAAUGUUAGUAGUAAUGGCAGUGAUCACGUGGAACAAAGUAAUGCAAGUAGUGCCGGCGAUGACGAAACGCAUAACGAUAAG